CUCUGAUGUUUACACUUGCCAGCCAAUGCCUUGGAAUACCAAGUUUUCUGCAGAGCAUAAAGGAACAACUUCAGAGCAGGGUGCUCAGAUCACCCUCUCCCAGCUCUUUUACUGACAACUCUGGUAAUAAGAUCAGAUUACAUUUCUCCCAUUGUCUUUUCCGUCCCUGUCCCGUCCCGUCCCCAUCCCCUCCACCCCACCCCAGGCCCUGCCUUCUGGAGCUGAGGAAGAAACAAACAGAGAGCUCUUAUUGGAAUCUUCUGGUCCUUUCUGGACGUUUUUCAGCACUGGAAGCAGUUUGGUGGAAAGAUGAGUGGAAGGAGGAUCGACAUGUUUGUAGCUGCCACCUUGUAUCUCCUCUCCAGAUUUGUCCCUUGCGAUGGGACUGCAGCUUCAGAGAAUGAGGAAUAUGGAGAGGUUAUAGGUCUCAAUUUUCCCCCACUCAAGUUAGGCAUGUCCAUCUGUGCCUUGAAAGCUGAUUCCGGUCCCUGUAAAGCCCUGCACGCCCGCUAUUAUUUUGACAUACAAACUCGCCACUGUGAAAGUUUUAACUUUGGUGGAUGCGAAGGCAAUGAAAACAACUUCCUAACCCUAGAGGAAUGUCAAGAAAAAUGUAUCAUAAAAGAUGUGCCAGAGAAGAGAAAGAGUUCAAGACUUAAGAAUGAAAAGCCUUCCUUCUGCCUUUUGGAAAAUGACCCUGGUGUCUGCCGAGGAUUAAUUUCCAGGUAUUUCUACAACAAAGAGUCACAGCAGUGUGAAAAAUUCCAAUAUGGUGGUUGCCUGGGAAACCAAAACAAUUUUAAAUCUCUGCAAGAAUGCCAAGAUACCUGCCAUGACAGCGUCUCCUCAGCCAAUUCACUGCAAACAGAUGAUGACCACAAGGUUUUUAGCACUAUUAAAAAUAAUAGUGCUCCACUUAUUAAGCCAGAGUUAUCCCUGCUCCCUUCUCUUUGCGUGAUGUCCAUGGACAGAGGUCUUUGCAAAGCAAAUGAGAAAAGGUUCUCCUACAACCACACUGCUGGAAGGUGCCGUCCAUUCAGCUACACUGGAUGUGGUGGGAAUGAAAAUAACUUCACCUCUAGGAAGGCAUGUUUGCAGAUGUGUAAGAAAGGUUUCAUUCCAAAGAAGGGACAAAAAGGUGUCAUGAAAAUACGCCGGAAAAGAAAGAAACAACUAGUGAAACUGGUGGAUGGGGAAAUUGUUACUGAAAGGAUUUAAGUACUGUACAAUUAAAUACUCUGAAAGUGUUUCAUUUUAAGACAUUGACUAUCCUUGUAUUACCCACAAUAUUUCACAUUGUGUAUGCAAGUUAUUUAUCAAGGUUUUAUACAGUAGCCUUUAUGUCUCUCCAUUCCAUUGGGGGUUCGCCAGUCAAGAGCCAAAGUUUUUACUGUAAAAUUAAUGCUGUGAUUUUUUUUUCUAUGAUCAUUACAUAGAAAUGCAGAAUGAAAGGCUGUGAUCUGGAACUAGUCUCACUUUAUCUUCUUAAUCUGACACUAUCCAAUCCAUCCUAGUAAUCACUAUAUGUAUUUGCUGAGUUUGCUGAAUACACAUCAUUGUGACUGCAGACCAACUCUAUUUUAUUUCCACGAGGAGGUCCAAUUUUGAAUGAGAACUUCUGGAUUUUGAAAUAGAUACAACAUUCCCUGCCUGCAGGAAUCACUGAUGUGAAUUUCAUGGAAUGCUGUAUCAUUAAUUCAAGCAAGAAUAUACAAAAAUUACAUGGCCAACAAAUUACAUGGGCUUCUUCUUUUUCUGAUGACUUGAUCUGAUCUGGCUUUUUGGAAUCUCAACCAGCAACAAUUCUAAUAAAACCUGUUCCAGACUCCAGUUGUAUAUAUAUUUCCAUAUUGAGGAUAUUGAAAAAUUAAUUUUCAAUUUUUUGAAUUAAUGAAUUUUGAAUAAAUGAAUUAAUUAAUCAAAAAAUAAUGAUUUGCCAGAAGACCAAUUGCUUGCUGUAUGGACCCUUUGGGCAACAGAAUAUCAGUGGACCACUUUGGGAAUAUUUAGUCAUUGAACUUGUGUCACAGUUCAAAUACACACACACACACACACACAUAUAUACACACACACACAUAUAUAUAUACAUACAUACACAUACAUACAUACAUACAUACAGUUUAGAACAGUGUUUCUCAACCUUGACAACUUUAAGAUGUGUGGACUUCAACUCCUAGAAAUCCUAGAAUGCUGGCUGGGUAAUUCUGGGAGUUGAAGUCCACGUGUCUUAAUGUUGCCAAGGUUGAGAAAUACUGAUUUAGAAUAAUUAUUUGAAUCAUUAGGUACUCUAGAAUCUAGACUUUUAGAAAAGGAAUUUUAGCUGUUGUGUCUGUAGAGGAAUGUUACAUCAGCUUAUUACAAAUGUAAUAAAAGCUUGAAAAUAAGGAGGACAAUGUUCUUGUAACAAAAAUAUAUUAGAAGAAACAAAUGAUCUAAGAAGUGCUUUCCAAGUCACAAAAGUUGCUAAGAAACAUGUUAAACAAGACUUCAAUUUCAUUUAAAUUUCCAAUUAAUUUUAAAAUGCAAAGCUUUAAGUAAAUACAAGGUUUAGUAGGGCUGUGCAAAGAUCUGAAUUCCAAUAGAUCAAAGUGAUUCAGAGCAAAUGGGUGCACAAGUAGCACCUUCAAAGGCUCCUUAAAGCAGCCUUUUGUCAAGAUUGAGUGACUGCCUUGUCUUUUGACUAUAGCUCUCUUCACAGCCCUGAUAUUUAGCCAUUUCUGUAUGUUACUUCAGGGUUUUAAACUGAUUGCUUCCUGAGCUUUUUUAAAUAAUAUAUCAGAGAUUCCUUCUCUUUAUAUUAUCUUCUGUAAAUAUGCAGUACCAAGUUCUAUAUUUAGUAAAAUUUUUGAAUUUAUUUUAGCCCUUUAUAAUAAUAUCUAAGGAUUGUCGAGCUAAAUACUGUUUCUUUAUUCUCUUAUAUAAAUACAUAAUGUAGGAGGCCAUACCGUAAUGAUACAUUUCUUUUUAACAUGUUAAUGUCUUCAAAUGUAUAUAAACUUUUUUUUUCUUUCUAUCAAAUCACUGUUUUUAAUUAAAUGUGGGUUUAAUUGGAGAAAGAAGGCACUGGCAAAUCAUUGCACCCAGGAGAGAAUGAAGUAAAGCAUGCUAAAUGGUUGGUUGUGGAAAAUAAGGGAGACAACCUGAAAGAAGACUUGAGGAUUGGUAUUUGUGGGGAGCUGUGAUGAAAUGCUGGUUUGAUUCAGAGAAGGGAGAAGAGAAUGCUGAACCAUUACACGAAAGAUACCAGAGUCUUGGGAGGUAGCAAGUGGAAAACAUAAGAAAGAAAUUCAAAACAACUCCUCCUUCAUUGUGUUAGUUGAAGUAGAGACGGGCUUUGUCAGGCCUCGAAGAUUCUGUUAAAAUACGCAAACCACAUUAAACUUCAUUCCAAAA